GGAGCCAUCGUGUCGCGGGCCAAAGUGGUGCGCGUGUGCCAGGCCCUGUUGGACUGCAAUGUGUUUGAGGCGGUGGGCACCAGAGUGUUCGGAAAAGUCAAGAAGCGGGAUGUGUUUCAGGACAGCAGGAGUGCUCUUUACAGGUUUGCAGGGGUGUGUUCCCCUUCAGUCGACGACCUGGAAAAAGGUGUGCUCGUCAAUGGGAUCCAGAAGCUGUUUUGCGGCGCACCUUCACAAAGUCAGGCAGAGAGGACGUGUCCCACCAGUCCCCAUGUUCAGAUGUCCACCUCCGUCCAACCACCUGAGGGGUCCACAAAAGCCAAUAAAGUGGACGCUGCCACCCCGGUCAGCCCGACACAAGAGCCUCUGGGAGACAGUAGUAGCCCCGGCAGGGCGCAGGCGGACCCCGUUUUACCGCAAUCGUAUGAGUGGUCUGAGCAGACUCUGCUCCGGCUGUUGAACCUGGUGGAGCUCCCCGUGCUGGAAGCGGUGCUUCAGUGCAGCCAGGCUCCAUCACCUCCUCCUCCGUCCAACCUUCUGGCUCACAGUAACCCAGACCUGAUCUACAGCAGCAACCACCUGGACCGGCAGAUCCUGAAAGUUUUCAGGGACUCUCAGGAGGACGAGUGGCUCAUUGCAGCUCUGGACUGUCUGGACUUCCUGCCUGAUCAGCCAGUGGUGGAACUGAGCAGGGAGCUGCCUGACUUGAACGCUAAACUGUCCACGGCUCUCGAAGCGCUGCAGUUGUGCCUGAAGCUGCUUCCUUCGGGCCACAGAGAUGAGCUAUGCGCGCUGCUCACGUUCAUGGCUCUGGCAGCCGACCCGCAAGGGAUGAAACUGGAUAAGGAGAUACCGGGGACCCUGCACAAAGGAGUGAGCGAAAAGCUGGCCAGCCUGGCACAGGGGAAGCAGCCCGAUGUGACCGGCUUCACAUUUUGCCAGCCGGUCUCUCACGGGGCUUACAACGAGUCUACAAAGAAGACCACCAACGAGGAGCUGCGGAUUCUUUUGGGCGGCAUCCAUCACAACCCAAAGAUCUCUGCCAAGGAGAGAAAGCGGCUACUCAGACAGUUCUAUCAAGCACACCCGGAGAUAUUUAACCAGUACUUUGGUGAACACGCUGUUAGCGUGCUGUAGUCGUCUGGAGUUUUGUGUAGCUUUUUACGGUCUUAGGCCGUACGAUUCGCAAGUAGAUCGCGUUGAAUGAUUAGUUGGAAAAUACCUUCAGCAUGGGAUUGCACCUUUAUGUGUAUGUUUGCCUUAUUGUCAAAAUAAACUGUGGAUAUAUGUUU